AAAUGCGAAAUUUUGAAAAUUCGAGAAUAAUUAUACUCUUAGUAUCGUUUUAAUAAAUCUUACAAUUUAAAUGAGUUAAGGAAAAAGCUUUUAAACUUAAGAAAAAAUUGGAUUAAAUAAUAAAAAAUGUUUUACGCUCAUAUCGUACUGGCAAAGAAAGGCCCCCUUGGUCGGAUAUGGCUUGCAGCGCAUUGGGACAAGAAACUGACCAAGGCCCAUGUCUUUGAAACAAACAUUGAACAAUCUGUAGAUGGAAUUAUGCAGCCAAAAGUAAAGUUAGCUCUUAGGACGUCUGGUCAUCUUCUUCUAGGGGUUGCUCGCAUCCAUUCAAGAAAAGCAAAAUAUCUUCUAGCUGAUUGUAAUGAAGCUUUUGUUAAAAUCAAGAUGGCAUUUCGCCCAGGAAUGGUCGAUUUACCUGAAGAACAUCGUGAAGCUGCUGUCAACGCAAUCACAUUACCAGAAGUAUUUCACGAUUUCGAUACUGCUUUACCUGAAUUAAAUGAUGUGGAUAUUGAAGCCCAAUUUUCAAUCAAUCAAUCAAGAGCAGAUGAAAUUACAAUGCGAGAAGAUUAUGGUUCACUUCCAAUGACAAUGCAUGACGAUGGAUUUGGUGAAAUUGGUUUUGAUGGUCCGGAACUUGUCCGUGAUGAAAUGAAUCCUUCAAUAGAAGAUGACUUGUUUUCGGAUCCAAUCCACAAGGGACCUGAUCUUGAUCAUUCGAAAGAAGCUGGAACAUCACGAUCAAUGCUAGGUGGAAUUGAUUCUCAUCCACUUGAUGACGACUUUGGAGAUGAUUUUGGAGAAGGUUCGGGAUUAUUUGGAGAUGAUAUUUUUGCAGAUCCACCAGCAACUAUGGAGCCACCACCACCAAAUGCUGGAAAUAUGACUUCGCGAACCGAUGACGAUUCUGAUGACGAUGGAGGACAUUUCGAUGGUGGAGCUUCGCCAGCUUUAUCAAGCACAAGUUCACGACCACCUUCGACACUUCCACCUCAAGCUAUGAAUCAAUUUCAUCCCGAUGGACAAGAGAACUUCAUGAACGCAUUGAAUCAACAGCCGAGUACAAGCAAAGGCCUUCUUGGCGAUCAUGAUGACGCCGCUGACAAAACAACAUUGGUAAAUAACGAAGAAGAAUCAUUUGCAUUAGCACCAAUUGACGCGACAGCUUUGAAAGGCAUCACAAAGACAAAACGUAAGAGAAAAUUGAUUAUCGAUGAAGUGAAAAACAUUUCAGGAGAAGAAAUGAAAGCUCAGCUAGCGAACACUGCAGACAUCAUCACGUCACUAGAUCUUGCUCCACCUACAAAGAAACUCAUGAAUUGGAAAGAAACUGGUGGCGUUGAAAAGCUUUUCGCACUUCCAUCACGUUUCCUUCCCGCUCGAGCCCUUUCAAAGUUGUAUCAAAUUAAUCUCGUGUCAAACACGGGAAUCAUUGAAGAUUUUUCAAUAUUGGGACCUGCAGAUUUAUUAGCAUUAGAACAGCAUGUACUUGAACCAGUUCCAGAUUCACCGACCAAACGUGGAAGGAAGCGAAAGAAUCAAGAACAUGACGACGCAGAACUUGCAAUACCAGAAGUCAUUCGAGAUGUCAGUGAGUUGUCAGCACAAACAAUUGCACCUGUUGAGCUAAAAGGAGAUCUGGGAUUAGACACAGCACCGGUGUUUGGUGUAAUGGGACCUCCAGCAACACCAAGCAUGGGUCAAUUAGCUUCACCAAGACAAUCCAUUCACAGCAUUCCAAUGACUCCUGGAAAUUUAACUCAUGGAAGUAUGACGCCGUCAGGCUUUCAUCACGGUCUCGAUGAGAACAAUCCUAUGCUAAGUGAUCCAGCGUUGAGCAAUCUCGACUCAAUACCCAAUCUAAAUGCUGAAACUGUGAGUUCGAUUCUUGAUGGAGCUGAAGGAAUGGAUCAGCAUUUUGCCAAUAUGGGCUACGAUGCUCAAGCAUCACCAAGUGGUGGAAUUUCUGAAAGAAUUGCUAAUGAUUGGAAUGAUUAUGACUAUCCUGCAUCAGUUGGACAAUCAGGAGAAGAACAGAUGAUUGAUGAAUCGAUAGAACAAUUUGAAGAGCGUGUGUUGAACAAGCGAGCGGCACAACUUUUUGUGACUGUCAGAGCGAAACUACAGAAGCAAGAUAAAAUUUAUUUAACGGAUAUGACGUAUAGAAAUACAAAGAAACAGGCGGCACAGAAAUUUUAUUCGCUUCUUGUGCUGAAAAAGUUUCAAAUGUUAGAAAUUGAGCAAGAGCAUCCAUUCGCUGAAAUUGUUUGUUCGCGUGGUGAUGCUUUUGAUGACAACAAAGCGAUUUAAGUAAAGAAAAAUUGAUCAACAUGAAGAGAUUGAUAUCAAAUUGUAUGUAAGAAAGAAAAAGUUUUAAAAAGCUGACGAUCAUUUCUCAUCGAUGUUAGAUGAUAUAAUGAGAUAAAUAUGUGUACAAAGAUUCAGUUUUCCUUAUUUUUUUCAACAUUUCGUCACUAAAAGCUAAGAUAAUGAUCUGACUAGAAACGAAAUCGAAAUUACGUUCAUGAUUUGAUUCUUAAUUUAAAAAAUCUCUUUCGGUUCAUUUUUUUGUAUUAUCACUGAUAUCUGUGAUGAAACAUUUUAAGUAUCUUUUCGUUUGUCAAGACAUUUCUCAGUAAUUUUACAUAUUGUGAAUAAUUUCAUUAUGAUUGCAAUUUAUAAAAAUGAGAAAGUCUUUCAUUACUUUCAACUUUUUUAACAAUUUACUUACAACAAACACCUAAAAUUUCUGAAUAAUUUGCAAAUUUAAAUCAACCGUUCUUAAUCUAUAUUCCAUGUAUCAAAACAAAUCAUUUUAGAUUUAUUAUCAGAUAAGAGA